UCUUCUUCUUCGAGUGCGGCCGCUAGAUCUACUGCAACGCAUGCGCCUGCGUCGCGGACCGUGGCCGCGUGGUCGCCUUGCGGGCGGUUUCUCGCAGUAGGUCGGCGAUCUGUCAUCACGGUCUUCGACAUCGCUACCGAGCGCAUGUUCUUCAAGUUCACGAACGUGUUCGAAAAAGGUACGAAAAAACAAGGCAAAAACUCAAGCGCAGGAAAUAACUCCAGCGACGACACUCUAGCUGCAUUAUGUUGGCAUCGACCAGGAGGGGGAAGCGACACUCGACACGGUAGUUGCACUUCGCACGUGAAUGAUCACAUCAAUACAGGCCAAGAUUUUAGUACCGGUCCGGAAUCUGCUUCUGCAUCCAGUUGUGAAAGCCGAACCAAAAUCUUGCAUUCACUGUUUCGCCGUUUGGGAGCUUCCUCAACGCCGGAGGGCUGGUGUCCCCUGCUGGAGAGCCAAGGCAUCAGUGCUUCUCUAACAUCGCCAAUGUUCCAGGAUGAGCUGGGGAAGGUCCUUCUGUCGAACGGUGCGCACCCGGAGAGCCUCUUGUCAUCUACCUCAGUGCAGGAUGAAUCUUCCGCAGGAGUCCGAAAUCAUGGCAACGGAGCGAUCGGACUCUCUGGUAGCUACUUGGCUCAACUCUCCACACUGCCUCCGAUUUUCGCGGUGCCCCAACAAGUUGGAGCGACAUCACAACCGCUGACCGUGCAUCCAGAAUGCGUGCUACCGGACGAGUUACCGCCCCUAGAUAUCCUGUUUGUCACUUCGGCGACGGGGAAAAUUGCCGGCUUUGUGCUAAACGAGCAUGUCGCGUCGAUAUGCUCGCUUGCCGCAGGCGCAGGGCCGGAUGCAGCCGCGCCCUCUCCCCUAAGUCCCACUGUGGAUAGUGGUAUGCGCUUUCAUGGUUCGGAAAACGCUGCGGCUUUGCUGUGCGUACUUGAGCUGAGCUGCAAAUCGUCUUCAAACCCGACCUCUAGCGUUGGUUUUCAAGACGACGAAAUCUCCGCGGCCAGCACGACGAUGUACUGCAACGGAAAGUUUAUCACGAUCGAAAGGCCAUCAAGGCCAUCCACCGCUGGACCUUCCGACACCAGGUUGUUGGAUCUUCGGAAAGUGCUAGCGCCUCCUGCGCGUCGGGCGAUCAUUUUGCGCAACAUCGUUUGUCGUCAACAUUGCUGUGGUGUGCUCACCGCCAUGCGAACCUUCUGCGAGCAAAUGCUGCGGCACUUUUCUGGCGCGCGCAAAACGCUUGAGUCCAAACUCGCGUCCUCGGUUGAUGAGCACCUGCGGGCCCACUUCGGCGGCGACGAGGACGAGGACCGAGAAUCUCCAGACGGGACUGAAAGUAGCGAGGCGACCCGCGAGGAGAACUUGUUGCAUGCGAUGUACACCGGUCGGGUUUCUGACAUCUACCUGCCCAACCUCCAUCGGAUGGAAAAGCAGAUGCUGAACGCAAUCGAAUACGUGCAAACGCUGCUCGUAUCAACUGUAAAAAUGUCUGGGUCUGGAAGGAUGCGAACUUGUGAUGCGCAUUUCACAACACAGACAAAUCUCUCAUGCAUAGGCAGCAAAAGGCGCCCAUUACCUUUCACGAAAAUGGGGGAUUUGUCAUGCGGAUUAAGCAAAGCGGAAGCUUCUCGAAACCUAUGGUGCUAGGGCUUCCAUGACAGACAUUUUGUGUCAUGCAAAAGCAGCAUGACAAAAAUCUGCAUUCUUCCAGACCCAGACACUUUUACAUUUGAUAGCUCGCUACACGCAUGGAGCCCGCCGCACGCCAUCUGUUGCUAGCGUCCCGUGGCGUUGCGGAGGUGGCAAUUUCGUCUUCCAAUUGUCAGCUUGGAGAGGAACAAUCCGAGGAAAAAGGCACGGCGGCACAGAAAGCGCACUUGCUUGCCGAGACAUGUGAGGCCCUCGGCAUUUCCCUCUACCGGUGCCAAAUCUACGUGUUGAGCUUGUUCUACGUGCUGCGGAAAAUCACUGGCGAGUCACCUCCCCCAGUGUGCGCCCCGGUAGCGCAUGUCGAGGCAGUCAUGCUGAAUAAGGAUUUCGCCCAGUCCCUUGACGUCGUCACAGCACUAUUGUCCUCAGAGGCACCCACGAGAGAGCUGUCUGGAGCACGCGACGCGAGCGCAGUGCGGGUAUCGCGGAUUCGCGAUCCGGCCUUCACGACUAGUACUUGUUGGAGGGGGGAGCAAGCGAAUCACGUGUCGCAGUCCAGUAAGAUGAGCGGCAGUGAGAAAGUCAUCGAGGUUAGCACCUUCUGGAGUUUGCUGGAAGAGUUCGAAGAGUGUCUUACAGAAACUGCCUCCAGCGUAUGCGCAGCGCAUUCCGUGGAGGUAGAGGAGGUUGCGCUACGGAUCGCCAGCAACAGGAUUCACGAUUCAUCGGGCGCCUGUACAAGCACCACGACUGGUCGUGUUGUUGACAGUGCCUGGGCAGAAGAUGGGAAUGCCUUUGUGCAGGUCUUGAUGUCUGAAGAUCGAGUCCGACUUGGUGCUGCGGAAAUCCAGCCUUGCCACGGCUGCGACGGCAAGAUUCCAGGCUAUCAAGGAGGAUCUUUGUCCGGUGAAAUGCCACCAAGGAAGCGGGAUCGGUGGAAGCGAGUAAUGUUUAAAAACAAGACGUCCGCGCCCCGGUUCGUCGCCGCGAAGUUUUACUCCUCGAAGCAGCUGCUGGUCUUGUACAGUACUGCUGAGACGUCGACGUGUGUAGCGGUCCUGAUUCCCUUGGAACAAUUGGAAUUAGCUGGCGCACAAGACUGCUGCGCACCCGGCACACAUCGCGUUAUCGGUGGAAAAGUGCAGCCAAUUAUGAUGGAGGACGACAGGCCUAAUGCUGCCAGCAAUACUGAAUCCUACUACCUCGACGAGGAGAUGCAAAAAAAUCCUGAGGAAACUGGGCUUCGCUGCCGCAUAUUGCCGCCGGAGUACAACGAUCGGUCUGGCAGUAAAAAUCUCGAAGUGACGCUGUCUUUCGCUCGUGGCGUUUGUACUCUAUACGACCGGGGAUCCAAGAGAAUCUUAACAUUGGAUCUCGAAGACGACGAAGAAGAUUAUUGCGUUGAGGAUGUUGAUGAUGAGGAUCGUAUGGAUGAGGGAUAAUGAAAUUACAUUGCGCAACAAGAACGAACAGGACGGUGAAAUCACAACGCAGCUCAUGCUUGGUUUUUACCCUUUGACAUUCACAGAACUAAGUGUGCGCAGAGAAACUUCGAUCUGAAGAGUUGUAGCGGUCCGACAUGUCGCUGCGUUGCUC